AGCAAUGAAAACAUGGCUCUGAAAAACAGAGAUCUUGAUUACUAUAUUCCAGUGCAGCUACCAAUCAGAGCCAGAAGUCCCAUGUACCUUAGAAACAGAGGUUUCCUUCUGAUACAAUUACACAGUUUAGGGGUAUUGUAUCGGGUUUAUUAAAAUUAGCGUUUAGCUAAUGUUACAGAGGCACACAACUCAAUAUAUAAUCUUCCUAUAUGUCAAUCAGAUUCCAGAUGAUUAGGAAUAUUAAUGAAUGAGUACAAUCUGUAUAGUCCAUUAUCAAAACUAUUCUGUCCCACAAAUUAUAUCAGGGCAACAUAACCCAGUUUCAGCAAAUGGGGGCUUUCAAAACAGAGGUUUGGAUAAAAGAGGUUCUACUGUAGGUGAGAUGUUGCCUUGUGCAGUUAAGAUGAUCUGUGGCCAUCAGGAACCAGUCUCUAGGGCCAGAUUUUAAAAGGUGUUUAGGCACCUAAAGACGCAGAUGGAACCUGUGGGAGUUAUGUGCCAAAAUUCUGCAACUUUAGGCACUUAACUUCCUUAAAAAAAUUGGUCCUAAAUCAAUUAAAACAGCUGUGUUUUUAUUUCAGUUUUCCCCAGGCAGGGUGUGAAACCUGAGAUGGCAGAUGUUCAGUGAGUCAGUUCUAAUGGCUUGGAACUUCAAAAUCUUUUUACUGCUAAAAAACAUUUCUGGACAAACACACAAAGAAAUGGCACCUUUCAAUAAAUGCAAAGUCGUGCUACUGUUGGAAUUCAACUGGAUUCUAUACUAUGUUGGUCAUGCAGUAGACACCUGCAAAGUUACCAUAAGCCAACACCCAUUUAAGGAAGUAGACUACAAUGUCAACACUGUGAACAUAACAUGCAGUUUCUCUGCUUCUGGAUGUAACGGCUCCCCUCAAAUGCUAUGGUUUCGCUAUCGUGAUUUUACACAUGAGGCUUUGUGUACACCUAAAUGCAUAGAGAAGUUUGAAGCGAUUGGAUCACUGUCCGAUAAUAGUGCUUUACUUCAAAUCAACAAACUGACUGUAAACGACAGUGCCAUUUAUAUCUGUGGAAUAGCAUUUUCAAAUUCAAAUUCACACACAUCUAAGCAAACCGGGGGAGGAACGAUAUUGGUAAAAAGAGGGUCUGAGAAGUACAGCACUGAAGAAUACAUCACCAUGACAGUCCUCUCAUCUUUGCUGUUUCUAUACAGCACUACCAUAUUUGCAAUCUUUAUAUUCUACAAGUCAAAAUCCAAACUGGUAAAGAAAACCGGGAAAGGAGACGGGAAAGGAGAGCACCAUAAAAACACGAGUGGGCGAACAGUUUGUCGAGCAAUUGUACAAGAACUGUACAAGAAGAGAUAUGCUCAAGACCAUCAUCAGCCUGAGUGUUUGGAACCAGAUGACACCAUCUAUCAAAACAGAUGAUAAAAUUCGAAGUACACCACAUACUCAAGAUCCUUUAUGUGAAAUACAACUGAACAUGUCUGAGACUUCAAAAAUUAAUUUUCUGAAAGAGUCUUACCUUGCUAAACAAGAUGAAUCCUCAUUGAGCAGUGCUUUUUUAAAGUGUUUUGCAAAUAGAUUAUCAAACACAAAUGACAGUAUUCCAGCUAAAGUGUGAAUAUUAACAUUACCAAACCCUCUCCCUCUGAAAAAUAAAAAUAUUGGAAAAGGACUUUAUUUUCCAUUGAAGAGCUACUAAUACUUCAUGGAAAUUUUCAUAUUUAGGGUUAGUUCUACAUAUACAGUAUUUUUUUAAAUUUCUUUUGUGAAUUUAAUGCUAAAGAAAGGUUUGUGAUAGGCAGAUAAAGAAAAUGAUGCCUUGAGGUCAAAUUCUAUUCUCAGUUACUUACAUUGAUGUAAAUCAGCUAUAUCACUGAUGUCAAUAGUAACUCAGGAUUUACACCAGAGUAAGAGCAGAAUCUGGCUGGCUGUACACAGAACAGGUACAAAAAAUAGGCAAUAUAAAAGCAUACACACUAAUGUAAUGUCAAAGCUGAUCCAGAGGGACCAUAUCAUGGGUUAGGAAGGUAGCUUAGUCUACAUGUCAAUCCAAGGACUGCUCUUCUUUCAAUGUUUAUAUUUAUGUGUGUUAUGCAGGCAAUAUCCUCAAGUGCUAGCCAGAAGCAGUGCCUCGUUCCCCAUUAGAACGACACCCAGUCUCUACACGGGCAUGGAGGGGGUUCCAUAAACCUUCUCCUCCUUCCCUUUGUGCAUCUGCACAGAGCUGGGCACAACUGAGACUGCUGGGCUACAGUCAAACUUCACCAGUUCUCACUUAGUUAAUCUGCGCACCUCAAGAGUCUUACAAGAUACCUGCUUGUCUCACCUAUCCUCUCCGCAAAGAGUUAGUUGUGUCCAGCAGUGAGGCAUCACCUACCAUCUUGCAAUUUAAGAACACUGGAACUGCCAGACUGGAGCAAAGCAGAGAUCUAUCUAGUCCAGUGUUGCCUACAUAGGCAAGUACUAAAUAUUUCAGAGGAAAGUAUAAAAAUGCACAAAAAUCCACAUUACAUAAUGGACAAAUAUAGAACAACAUGUCUAAUAAACUUCCUUCCUAAUCUCAAGCAAUUAAUGGCUAGCUGCUUCUCUCUUCAAACAUGGCAUCUUAUACAUUUUUAUUCUAGUACCUAUAGUUAUUCUUAUUUAUAUAAAUAUCAAAUCCUUUUUUAAACCCUAAGCUUUUUGCCUCAAUGAUAUCACAUAGCAGUGAGUUUCACAGAUUAAAUUAGAUUAUAAAGCAUUUCUUUAUAUUAUCUCAGAGGGGUAGCCGUAUUAGUCUGGAUCUGUAAAAGCAGCAAAGA